CUUUCACAUUCCACAGACAUUAGCGUGUGCGAGCGAGGAAACGACAGGGGAGCACAAGAUUAUAAGCUUUCAAUUUGUAUUAUGAGCAAAGUUUAAUUCUUCAACGCGGUCAUAUAUCUCUACACCCACCUCAUAUCUCAUCUCGAAUUGUCCCGUACUCCAACAUGGCGCAUACAACACCGUCUUCGCAGAUUCCGCAACACGUCACUUCCCUCCUUUCACAUCUAACAUCGCGUCCGGGAGUUCAGUCCACCUUCAUCCUUUCGCGCAAAGAUGGGUCCAUAAUUCAGAGCACGGGGCUGCUGGCGACGAAGCCAGCGGGCAACAGCAGUCCAGAUGUCUCUCAGGCCGAUCCAGCCGCCGAGGAGCAGUCGGAAUCUACUUUGACCCCUGCAGAAUCAUCCAUCCCUUCCACAACGUCUAGCACAACUACCCUUACCCAUCAAACCUCCUACCAACCGUCCCAGGCGGAAGCGCUAGCAGCUCGCAUUUUUGCUUUUGUUUCCAGCGCUGCGGAUCUAAGCUUGUCGCUCUCACGACCCAUGAAUGAAAACGCCCACGGCUCUAAAACAGAUCCGAACGGCUUGCAAGAAGGGUUAGGCAAUGGAAUAUUCCGGGACGAUGGAGACGGAGAGGCAUCGGAGAAGGACGACGAUGAAGUCAAGCUCCUGCGGCUGAGAACUAAAAAGCAUGAGAUUGUUGUUGUUCCGGAUAAGAAGUAUCUGCUUUGUGUGGUACAUGAUGCGGCGCACCCGGCGGGGAACCCGAGUGCCGGGUUGCGCUCGCGGUAAUGGAUGAUGAUGAUAUUAUUCGCUUUGGACUUUUUUUCUACUCUGUUAUUUUAAUGUGCUCUUAUUUGGACAUAUCUCGGUUUGCAUGGAAUAUACCCGGUUGGAAGCAGGGAGCUCGUCU